UACCAGUAUAAGCUGGCAGUAGAGCGAUAUGAGUGGAACAAGCUGCAAAGCGUCAAGUCCAUCGUCCCCAUGAUACACCUCUCCUGGAACAUGGCCAGAAACAUCAAAGUGUCCGACAGCAAGCUCUUCCAGAUGAUCAAGUGAGUUACGCGCACACACACGUCAUUCUUUCUUUCUCUCUCUCACUCAGAUUCACUCACUCUCUCACGCACACUUACAGCUAACCCCUGUGCAUCUCUGUGUGUCUCUGCUAGGUACUGUCUGCUGCGGACAUUGAAGCAGUGUCAGAUGCUGCGGGAGCUGCUGCAGGCGUCAGGCAAGGAGCUGGUGUGGCAUGGCAGGACCAGGGACGAGCCCGCACACUACUGCAGCAUCUGCGAGGUACACACACUAGGGAUGUGACAAAGGGACCAUCUUUCUUUAACGUUUAAACUGCAAUUUUAUUUUAGUGGUUUUCAUAAAAUGUCAUGUCAAAUCCUAUUGCGUGGUAUGACCGCUCGGGGCAAUGAAGUUCUACCGCAGUCAUACAGUAGGCGGCAUCUGGAAUCUGCUUCGGGCAGCUGAAUUGUUGUCCCGAAAGCAACCUUUAAUUCACGUUGUUCUUUCCAUUUGUUAUUUUUAUUUAACCUUUAUUUAACCAGGCAAGUCAAUUAAGAACACAUUUUUAUUUACAGCGACUACCUGGCAAGGGGCAAAAAGCCUCGUGUGCAUUAGCGACUCACAACAAAAAAUAAACUUAGCCAAGUGAUCACAUUUCUUCUUCCUACAUUCUCUUUUCUCUCCGUUACGUGUCUCUCACUCAAUUUCGAUCUGACCGCUCCCUCUACACCCACGGGUGCUGCGCGCCCAAGCUCCCAUUGUUGCGUUAGGUAGGCCUAUUUGUAAACUGUUUUCCCUUUAUGAUGAUGAUCGGGAGCUGUUAGUGGUAGUUUUGUGAUAACUGCACUGUGAUUUAAGUUUUGUGGGGGGGGAAAGAUAAUUGGUUAGGGAUUCAACAUUUUAACGUUUAAACGUUCACAUACACACACACACACACACACACACACACACACACCUACCUCCUUUCACAAUCUCACCUCUCUCCAUCUGCAGGUGGAGGUGUUUGACCUGCUGUUUGUAACCAGUGAGAGCAACAGCAGGAAGACGUACGUGGUGCACUGUCAGGACUGUGCCCGUAGGGGGAGCUGUAACCUGGAUAACUUUGUGGUGCUGGAGCAGUACAAGAUGGACGACCUCACCCAGGUCUAUGACCAGUUCACACUCGUAAGUCAGCAAGGACACUAG